AUGCCGCAACUCACCGUCGUUCUUCCCGCACGAGAGGAGGAUGAAGCGAUGGAGGUUCCAUCACAAGUGGAAAAGGAAGCUGAAAAUGGAGGGGGCGAGAACGAGGAGAGCAACGACGACGUCGUGGAGGUGCCACCAACCGCGGCGGCAACUUCCUCCAUACCUUCCUCCCUACCAAUGGUGUUGACCCGCGAGCGACGUACACUUCACCCCAACACGAAGUACACCGACUACGCUACGGUAGCCGUUGGGGAGUUGGACGAGGAGCGUGCGGCAUUUUGCUUCACGACCAAGGGUGAUGAUGAAUACGCGGAUUCUCUCAUGGAACCACCCCCUAAAGAUCCAUCCCGUGCAUGCUACGGGCAUGCCGACCCGAAAGCCGGCGAAGCGGCGCCGACUUCGCAGGACUUCCCUCUGUAUCUUGACCUCGGUAGUGGACUCACUGCCAAGCUCGAGGAACACGACUACGCCGUCCUCGUAGACCAUAGGCUAGAGUUCAAUGCCCGUUGCUUGGGAUUCGGCCUCAAUGUGACCAGCAUGGACAAGGUCAACGUUUCGGGGUUGAAGGGGCUGCUGAAUGGGAUGAUAACAUUCGUCAAGGAGCACGUCGCUCUCAAACGGUCGGGCCAUGUCGGAGUUGCUGCCGACGCUUGUGACGACGACGACAAGGAGGCCCCUUCGGCAUCCCAAGCAGUAGGUGUCGCCCACACCGUCGAUGAUGCGCGUGGGACUUUGAUCGGAGAGCCUGGAGGUGGCAUCAACAAGGAAGAUGAGGAGGCAGGAAGGGCGGUGACUGGGACCGCAGAGAAGCACCAGGACGAGGACGUCCAUCAGGAUGAUAACGAGGAUCAGGAAGAGGACCAUGACAAUCGUGAGGAGGAGGAGGAGGAGGAGGAGGAGGAGGAGGAGGAGGAGGAGGAGGAGGAGGAGGAGGAGGAGGGGGGCUCGGCGGAAGAGGAGGAGGACGAGGAGGAGAUGGAGGUGGAGGAGGAGGAGGAGGAGGAGGAGGAGGAGGAGGAGGAGGAGGAGGAGGAGGAGGAGGAGGAGGAGGAGGAGGAGGAGGUGGUGGAGGAGGCAGAGAAGCAGUAA